AUGAUCGGCACGACGAUCCUAGCGUUGGGGCCCUACGAUACCCUCGAGAGCUUCAAGGCCGGCUACGAUGCGCUUGAGAGUGCUGGGUUGAUCGACACGCCUCGAGCAUUCGACAACAGCGACGAGAACUUCGGUGCCAUGCGGCUGGGCAUCCGCGGCUACAAGAUCAAGCUCGUGCAGUCUGGAGAGUGGUCGGACCCUCUCGACAGUCUUUCAAGCUCGCUGGUGCUGGAGCAGUGCAAUGAUGACACCAUCGACGCGGCGAUCUCCAACCACAAGGUGUUCGUGCAAGAUUUCUCGACUCUGGGGCAAUUUACGGAUGCCAACACGACCACGACUAAGUACGCGCCAAAUAUCGUCGGCUUCUUCUGCAACAAUGACGCAAGCGGUUUGCUGCUGCCGCUGGCCAUCCAGAUCGUGGACACGGGACUCACGUACACGAAGGAGGACUCGGCGGGGGAGUGGCAGCUCGCCAAGAUGGCGCUGGAUGCGACGGAGCUCAACUUCCAGCAGGUCUUCCACUUGGUGCACACGCACUCGGUGUCGAUCCCGAUCCAGGUCGAGAUGAUGCGCAGUAUGGCCAAGGAACACCCGAUCUACGCGCUGCUCAACUAUCACUUCUUUGCAGACAUGGCCAUGGAGUUCCUUGGUGGCGUGAACUUGUUGUCAGCGGGAUCGCCGUACGAUCGGGUCGCGGCUUUCGGAGCCAGUGGGUCUGUCCGCUAUCUCUUCGCCGAGUUCGCAAACACCUCCAUAGCUGUCGACUUUCCUGCUGACGUCGCCGACAACGGCCUCAAGUAUCUUUCUAACCACCGCUACGUCAAGUACGGUGCGACGUACUACUCGAUCAUCAAGACGUUCGUCACGUCCUACGUGAAAGCUUACUACGAGUCGGAGGAAGCGAUCCAAAAUGACUCGGAGCUGCAGACUACGCCAGCCCUGUACAACGCGUCACUCCCAACUGAGAAGGGCGUGAUGGUUGAUCCGUUCGACUACGUGAUCCCGACAAGUGCGUUCCUGGCACUUUCGGGUAUGGCCGUUCGCUUCUUCCGCCCAAUCGCGACGACCAAUUCGGUGCUGAGCGCGUAUUCGACGUCACCGUUUUCCGACGAAGCUGUUCUAGCGGAUGCAAUUGCCCAGUUCCAACGGAGUAUGGCUGCUAUGGAAGACACCGUCGACGCAUCGGAGGCUGGAGAAACGUACCCGAACACGUUUGUAAAGCCCUCACUUCUGCCGUGGUUCUCGUACAUCUGGGUGAGAUUACGGCCACACGCAGCCGCCUAA